AUGGCUUCGCAGCUGCGCAAGGUGUUUGGCUCCAGCCGCACAAAGUCGUCCGCUUCCAACUCGAGCCACGGCCGCGUGCGAUCCGAAGACGAUCAGCAGCAGCCCAGCCCCAAUUCCAACCCCAGCUCGCCUCACGCCUCGCUGGGCAAAGCGUCGUCGAGGAUCUUUGGUCGAUCGGACCGUGGCGCCUCGCCCAGCCCUUCCGCCGCUCCCUCGUCGCCUUUGCCAUCCACCGCUCCUUCCAGGAACACCACCACCACUUCUUCGCAAGUACCUACUGCGGGUGCAUCGCCUCUUCCUUCUCCCUCUCCGCAGUCACAGGUGGCUUCCCCUCCUCCCGCCAAGACCGAAAAGCAGACCACGCCGGUGCCUAGCAAGCCGACCUCGUCCACUCCCACUCCUACCACUGAAUCAGCUGCUCCUAAGCAAGCAUCUGCACACGCACCUGCACCUGCUGCCGCCCCUUCUGCUGCCGCUGCUCCUUCCAGCGCAAGCACGCCUGCACCUGAGCAGACCAGCAACGUCGACGCUGCUGCUACUGACUCCAAGAUGAGCGUGCCUGCCAAACCCCUUAGCAUCAACAUCCCUGCUGCCAACCAGGAUUCGGCCCCUUCGCCCGCCACCGAGCUCCCCAAGAAGCAGCCCAAGGCCGAAGCUAGAUCCACCAACGGUACCUCAGCCGACGCCAACGCCAACGCCGACGCCAAAGCCAACGGCAACUCCGAGGAUCUCACCCCCGUCGGGGUCUCCAACACCUCUUCGUUCCACUCGCGCACCAACGCUGACCAGCACCGCGCUGACUAUCACCCGGACAAACCCUCCAAGUACGCAAACCCAAACCACUACUCGGCCCGCCCUGAAACCUACCACCGCAAGUCGUUCAGCAGCGCUCCUCCAUCCCACGGCGAGCAAACCCCUGCUGGCUCGCGUCGUCAGUCGACCAGCGAGCACGAUAUCGGCCACGCACGCGGCCCCACCGGCAACCUCAACAACGCCGUCGAGGCUCGCGCUCCUGCAAGCCACUGGAUGUCUAAGGAAGAUCAGCGUCUCCAGGAAGAUGGUGAAAAGAAGCGUCACUGGAAGCGAUGGGGUCCUUACCUCAGCGAGCGACAGUGGGGAACCGUUCGAGAGGACUACUCGGCCAAUGGCGAUGCCUGGUCUCACUUCCCCCACGAGUCGGCUCGUAGCCGUACCUACCGAUGGGGUGAAGACGGUCUCGCCGGUCUCUCGGACAACCACUGCAGGAUGGGCUUGAGCUUGGCCCUCUGGAACGGCAAAGAUCGCAUGCUCAAAGAACGCCUUUUCGGUCUCGCCAACAACGAGGGCAACCACGGCGAAGACGUCAAGGAGCUCUACUGGUACCUCGACAGCACCCCCACCCACAGUUACAUGAAAAUGCUCUACAAGUAUCCCCAGGAGCAGUACCCCUACGAGCUCUUUGUGCGUGAGUCGCGCAACCGAAGCCGUGACGUCGCCGAAUUCGAGGUCACCGACACCGACCUCUUUGACGAGGACAAGUACUGGGAUGUCUUUGUCGAGUAUGCCAAGGACCAGGACGAGGAGAACGCCAUCUCGGUUCGCAUCAGCGCGUACAACCGUGGUCCCGAGCCCGCCGAUCUCCACAUCAUCCCGCAGCUCGUCUUCCGCAACUACUGGUUCUGGCCCAAAGAGGAGCCGCCCAAGCCCAAGAUGAAGCAGACCGGCGACUACGUCAUCCAGACUGAUCACCCCGAGCUGGGCCGCUAUCACCUCUACUGCUCCACCAGUCCCGCUCCCAGUGCUCCUCCCGCCAAGCGUGGUCAGGCUCCCGAACCCAUCUCGGACGACGAAGUGGUGCCCGAGCUUCUCUUUACCGAGAACGAGACCAACUUUGAGCGUCUUUACAAUGGAAACAACCGCAACAUCUACGCCAAGGACGCCUUCCACGACCACAUUGUCCCCUGGCACCGACAGGAGAAGGACCGUCCCAAGGCUAUCCAAAAGACGCGCAAGAUCAAAAAGACGGUUGUGCGUCAGGAGAGGCGUCCCGUUCACCGCGACGCCGAGGAGGGGGCUCCCAAAGCCAACGGCGCUUCAGCUGAAGCCGAGCCCGAAGCUGCUGCCGCCGAAAAGCAGUUUGGUACGGUUGGUCCGACCGAGGAGCAGGAGUGGGAGGUGGUUGACAUUGAAGAGGAAGUCGAAGAGGACGAGACCUACUACGAGGAGCCUGACGAGUCCAAGCCUCCUCGCGACUACGUCAACCCCAACAAGGAAGGCACCAAGGCCGGUGCUCACUACGUCUUCCGUCAGGUGCCACCCUUCGGAGGAUGCGCCGUCGUCAGGAUGAAGUUGACGCCCAAGACGCCGUCGCAGGACCCCGCCAUCGACGACGACGAGCAGUUUGACAACACGGUCGAGGCUCGACGAUCUGAGGCCGACGAGUUCUACGCAAAGCUCGUCAGCGGUCCCAUGUCGGACGACAUGAAGAACGUCAUGCGCCAGGCGCUCGCUGGUAUGCUGUGGAACAAACAAUUUUACAUGUUUGUCCAGCCCGAGUGGCUGCGCGGCGAUCCUGGUCAGCCGCCGCCGCCUCCCGAGCGCAAGCGCAUCCGCAACCACGACUGGCGACACCUGCACAUGGAGGACAUCCUCUCGAUGCCCGACAAAUGGGAGUACCCCUUCAGCGCCGUUUGGGACAGUGCCUUCCACUGCAUCCCGCUUGCCAUGGUCGAUCCUGCCUUUGCCAAGAAACAGCUCGACCUGUUCACUCGCGAGUGGUACAUGAAGCCUGAUGGUGCGCUCCCCGCCUACGAGUGGAACUUUUCCGACGUCAACCCGCCCGUGCACGCCUGGGCCACGUUCCGAGUGUUCAAAAUCGAACGAAAGAUGUACGGUCGUGAAGAUCUCGACUUCCUCGAGCGUGUCUUCCAGAAGCUGCUCAUCAACUUCACCUGGUGGGUCAACCGAAAGGAUUCGAGUGGUUCCAACGUAUUUGAAGGUGGUUUCUUGGGUUUGGACAACAUUGGUCCCUUCAACCGUUCCGAACCUCUGCCCACUGGCGGCACGUUGCGUCAGGCCGACGGAACCGCCUGGAUGGCCUUCUACGCGCUCAACAUGCUCAACAUGGCGCUCGAGCUGGCCAAGCACAACCCGACAUACGAAGACAUUGCGUCCAAGUUCUUCGAGCACUUCAUCUUUAUUUCGGACGCUAUGUCGUUCCACGAUACCUUUGACGACGAGAGCACCAGCCUGUGGUCGGACAAGGAUGGCUUCUACUACGAUGCCAUCCAGUGGGGUCCCGGCAACAGCCAGGUGAUUCCGGUCAAGAGUCUGGUGGGCCUCAUCCCGCUCUACGCCACGUUGACCAUCGAGCCAUCGGCGCUCAAGAGGUUCCCCAGCUUCGCCAAGCGCAUGCAGUGGUUCCUCGACAACCGACCCGAGAUGGCGGACCGCAACAUUGCCAACAUGAAGGUGGGCGGACGUGGCGAUCGACGUCUGCUGUCGAUGGUGAGCCGCGAGCGUCUCGAGCUGAUCCUCAAGCGCAUGUUGGACGAGAACGAGUUUUUGUCGGAGCACGGAGUUCGUUCGCUGAGCAAGGACCACAAGGAGAAUCCGUUCCACGUCAAUGUAGGCGGUGAGGACUUUGGCGUCGGCUACUGGCCCGGUGACUCGCACAGUCCCAUGUUUGGCGGCAACUCGAACUGGCGUGGACCCAUCUGGAUCUGCGUCAACUUUUUGCUCAUCGAGUCGCUUCAGAGGUUCUACCAGUACUAUGGCGACAGCUUCAAGGUCGAGUGUCCCACGGGCAGUGGCGACUACAUGCACUUGGGCCACGUAGCCGAGGAGCUGUCGCACCGUCUGUUGGGCAUCUUCUUGCGCGACGACCAGGGCCGACGUGCCAACAACGGCGGCAUCCCCAUGCUCGACUAUGCGCCCGAGUUCAGGGACCUGGUGCACUUCUACGAGUUCUUCCACGGCGACACGGGCAAGGGCCUGGGUGCAUCGCACCAGUGUGGCUGGACAGGGUUGAUUGCCUACACACUCUACUCGACAGGCGCGAGCUACGGUCUGGCACAGACACCGCGCACGCCCAAGUCGACCGCGGCGCACUACUUUGACGAGCACUUGACCGAGGAUGGCCGUUCCGAGGCGGGAAGCGUGCCGUACUCGAAUGCGUACUCGAGGCCUCCUUCGCCUGAUGAGCUGUAA